AUGGGAAGCAUAAGAAUAGUUUUUACGUGUCUUGUACUUGCAAGUGGCGUCUCCGUUUUCUUCUUCUUUCCUGCAGCAGAAAAAGAGAGGGUAAAAGGUAAGAACAUUGUCCACUUGAAGGGGCAUCCUGGUUGUUGUUUUUUGGGCCCAAGGAGGGUGGAGGGGGGGGGGCUAUAUUCAUAAACCGGUUGGUCCAUAAAUGAGCUUGUCAGGCACCUUUAAGUUGGUUUGGCGAUAGAGUCUGUCUGGUAUCUCUUCAUACAGUCGCACCUCUAUGUGAGACCACCUCCCAAAAACCACCACCUAUCCAAAACACCAAAAUUCUCCCAGUGAAAUCACUACAAUUGCAACCUCUCGUAAGCGAUCGCGACUACUUUUUCGAUGACAGCAUUCGAAUUUUUCAUCGUUUUCAUCCUCCUGUUAGUGACCACUGAAGGCAUUGUUUGUUCUCUGUGCUCGUUGUACAACUUAGAAACUGUAGAUGUGUUCGGUCCUCCUCUAGGAAGAGGAGCCUUCCGGUCCGCUUCAUCAGAAUCGGCAUCCACUGAGGUGAAAUAGAGAAUGGGGAGACUGAGCAAUGACGACGACGGCGGUAUCGAGAACGGCAAAAAAAAUAUAGGUUAUUGGUAAAACAACAACUUUGCACGAGCAGCACACUUUUUUGUACAUUUCUUUGUCCUUGUUGCACGACUACAACGUGAAACUUUGUAGUUUCACUUUUUAUGGAGAACGUGAACGGAAGACAACAACUCUCUUUUUCUUUUUCUGACAUGAACCUCGAUACAGUCAUUUAGAGUUAAUUUCAGAAACGUUCCCCAAGCUUUGACAAACCUAAUGAAAUGGGAUAAGAGUAAUGAAGUUUGAAACAGCGCGAAUCCACUUUUAGAGUGACGGUUUCGGUGCCGAAGACGUCGUAACCAUAUAAUCCAGGCAUAAAUUGAUCAAGAAUUCGUCGACAAAGCUUUGCAAAUUGACAGGUGACGAAAAAAAGAUCCACAAAAUAUUGUUUAAACUGAAUUUAAAGACAUUUUUCUUGGUUUUCAGCUUUUACCUUGCCUCGUUUGGCGGAUGGUAUAGUAGAGGCAACGUCGGCGAAAUCUGAGGUAAGAAAAGUAAUAGCCUGCCGAACAGACUCAAAAUUACAAAAUGUUGGAUUCCGCAUCAAGGGCAGCCUGUGUCUUAUAGAGUGUUUUCACUCACGUGGCCGGCAUCUACGCAAAUGUAUUGGAACAAAAGAGUUUGACUAAUAGUCGCGGGUCGCGGGUCGCGGGUCCAAUGUCGCGGUCGCGGGUCCAAAGUCGCGGUCGCGGGUCUAAAGUCGCGGUCGCGGGUCCAAUGUCGCGGCAGGGGAAAAUGAUUUGGGGUUCGAGGUAACAGCUGAGUGAAAACGACUGAUAUGAACACAAUAUAAAGGGAAAAAAUAUUUUUUAUGCACAAUACUCUACGGUAGCCAAUUUACAGGUUACGGAUGUUAGAGUCAACAAAAUAAUGUCUCAAGAAAAGACCUAAAAGAAAAAGCUGGCCGACUUUUGUGUUCAGCGCAAGUUUAUUUUGUUUUCUUUCUGUCGGGCCCAGUUAUGUGUAAAUUCAGCUUUGAAUAUACUUAUGCAUAACAGUAUCUGAUAAAAAAAGUUACCAUAAGUUACCAUUGCUUUCUUCUUGUCGAUGAAUUGCUCACAAAUGCUUAAGGGUUCAAUUACGGAAAAAUAUGCGAUACACUUCAUAGCCUACAGAUUAUAAACGUUACAACAACUUAAAGCCUUUUUUUAAAAAAAGCGAACUCGGGCUCAAAAAGCUACGAGUCUGUCGGUAGAAGAAACUAGAACUCUUAUAUUUAACAAAUGUUUUCGGCAAAACUGAAAGAAAAUGUAAAUGGGCGCAUGAAACUUCAUCCAAGCGGUAUUUAAGGCAUGAAUUUAAUAUGGAAACAAGUAAUAAUCCACAGAAAGGAGUCUGUUCCUCGAAGCAAGAUUUUCGCUUAAUGCUUUUAUUUUUACAACUUAGACGGCAACCCAGAGUGUUCAAUAUAACUUCUUGUUCUCUUCACCUAAAUGGCAACCAGGACAACCUGACAAUAGGAAGCCAUUCAAUGUGCGUCUCAGUCAAAUCUUGAAAACAUGCAUCGUAAAUAACUAAGUGAGUAAGUAGGUAAGGAAAUAAUAACGCCUGAUAUCAUGAAGCUGAAAAAGAAAGUAAACCGGACACUGAAAACGGUAACUUAUCAACUCCACCAGAGCUAAGAAAAGACAAUAAAUUAGGUAAGUAAUUCCAGAUUCCAGGUACUGGAUUCAAGUCUUUGUCAGUAGAACCAAGAGACUAUGAUCCAUUCUCUCUUGGUAGAACUUGGAUUCCGGAUUGCAAUCGUUAUUGGGAACAAACUCCUUUCUGUGGACAAGAGAGGAUAAAACUCGAGCUUUAUCCCCUCUUGCUGUGGAUUAUUACUUGUUUUUUAUUAAAGUCAUGCCUUGAAUACCCGCUUGAAUGUACUUUACUGGCACUUCAAGCCCAACGUCUCUCCUCCUCUUUCCAGUUACUUGUGCAAAGAGUUUAUUUUGGGAGUUCGCGACUGUUACGCGGGUAAUCCUUUAGAAGACGGGUAGCUUGCAAACUAAACUGAACGCAGGGUUGUCGGAACAGCAACAAGAAGAUUUAUUCCAAAGAUGAACGUAGUUUCCACUGAGUAAAAGUCCACAACAGCACGUACCUCGUUAAACUUACACGGCCUCCGCCAACUUGAAUAAACACUGCCUUCGUCACACUUGACUAAACACGACCAACGUCAAACUCUCUUCGCUUGUGAAAACUAGUUAAAACUUAACUCGGGCUCGCCUACCUUACAUACGUUUACAAUAAGAUUCUAGAACUUUCCAGCUCGUCAACUGAAGCACUGAAAAGUCUAGAUUUGAAGUCACUGUCCACAAGAAGGUUUUUUCAUCGCUGCAUUGCAAUCCACAAGUGUCUUAUUGGAGAAACCGAUUUCAGCUUUAAUUUUACUAAAAGUCAAGCUGUUCAUUCAUAUAAUACAAGACGCUCUAAUGAUAUUCGCUUACCCCUACCCAGAACAAACUGGGGUAAACAAACUUUUAUUUUUCACGCCGCGAAAGACUGGAACAGCCUUCCAAAUGAUUUAAAAGAGUGUAAUAUUUUAUCUAUUUUUAAAUCCAAGUUAAAAACUUUUUUAAAAGAUCUCAGCUAAUUUUAAACCUUGAUGUUUUUUUGUAUAAUCGAUUUUAAGAUUUUAAAUUUUUAAAUUUGUUUUACUUGUAAACAUAUUUUACUUUUUUCGUAAUUAUUAAUUAAUUAGUUAGAUUAAUGCAUGAGGGCCCCACUGAAAACCGCCUUGGCGAGUUGGGCUCCCUCUAUAAAUAUUAUUAUUAUUAUUAUUAUUAUUAUUAAAUAGUCUAAUUAUAGAAAGAUUACAAAAUAUACCGCUUUUAGAAACGCUUACACAAGAUCCUAAAAUAAACAAAUUAUGAACUCUCUCGAAGCUUCUAGAAAGUCACACUAGUCACGCAAUACAAUUUUUCCUAACAGCGACCAGGAAGUUUUUCAACAAGCGUUUUCUUUAUUUUUGCCGAAAACAUUUGUUAAAAUUGAAACAGUUCUCGUUUCUUCUACCGACAGACUCGUAGCUUUUUGAGCCUGAGAUAGCCUUUUUUAAAAAAGGUUUUAAGUUGUUUUAACGUUUAUAAUUUAUAGUCUAUGAAGUGUAUCGCACAUUUUUCAGUGAAUGCACCCUUAAGAAUUUGUGAGCAAUUCAUAGACAAGAAGAAAACAAUGGUUACUCAUGGUAACAUUUUUUAUCAGAUACUGUUAUACAUAAGUAUAUUCAAAGCUGAAUUUACACUUAACUGGGCCCGACAGAAAGAAAACAAAAUAAACUUGCGGUGAACACAAAAGUCGGCCAGCUUUUUCUUUUAGGUCUUUUCUUGAGACAUUAUUUUGUUGACUCUAACAUCCGUAACCAGUAAAUUGGCUAUCGCAGAGAAUCGUGCAUAAAAAAGGUUUUUUCCCUUCAUAUUGUUUUCAUAUCAGUCGUUUUCAAAUCAUUUUCCCCUGCCGCGACAUUGGACCCGCGACCGCGACUUUGGACCCGCGACCGCGACAUUGGACCCGCGACCGCGACAUUGGACACGCGACCGCGACUUUGGACCCGCGACCGCGACAUUGGACCCGCGACCCGCGACCCGCGACCCGCGACCCGCGACCCGCGACCCGCGACUAUUAGUCAAACUCGGAACAAAAGAAAGCGUUUGCGUAAGAAAAGAGUUCAACUCCCACAGGACUGGUUUGGGACACCAAGAUGGCCGCGGUUUCAUUGUUUUGGGACACCCAAAUGGCCUUCGCGACGUCAUGUGAAAACACUCUGUACGUAAUUUAACAUCGGUCAGUUAUUUCUGGGCCCCCAAUGGACUCAACGAAUUACCAGCAGCCCGUUUCGAAUUUCCCUUCAUUCUUAUUGGCAAAUCCACAAUGGCUUUUUUAACAGGCCAAUCGUACCACGUACUUAAGUGGGGGCCCAGAAAAAAAAUAUCGGCGCUGUUUCGCAGACGGACUUAACCAGAGUAGUUUCGUCUGUGGCGCAGGCCAGAUCAGAGGAGGAGCAUUGUUUUUGCCAAAUUGGUUUGUUAUGUCAAUAACCAAGGAAUAAUUAAGUUUUGUUUCCUUGUUUGCAACUGCAGCUCGCUGCCAUCAUUCUAUCCAGACAGGAGAAACGCAAGUUCCUAAUAUCAUCCUACUGUAAAAAGACAAAAUCAAGCCCUGUGUUGCUACCAACUGGAAGUUUACUAAACCAUCUCAUAGUUGAUAACAAGCACAAGAUCUUAUACUGCUACAUCCCCAAGAUCGCUUGUACAACUUGGAAGAAAAUUAUGACACAGCUGCUUGGAAUUAAGAACAACAGAUCUGUACACAGCCAACAUUUUCCACUUCUCGGCUCUUAUUCAAAAUCCAAGGUUCGCUAUAUUUUAGAUAACUAUUACAAGUUUAUGUUCGUUAGAGAUCCGUUCGAGCGACUUUUAUCGGCCUACAAGGACAAAUUCACAAGACAAUCAGACUAUGUUUCCAAGAAAUAUUCUAAAAAGAUCCAGUGGACAGUCAGAGAGAGACUGGGUUCUAGUGCGAGUGUCUUAGCGGACAAACAGGAAAUCAAAUUCUCUGAUUUCAUCCUGUAUUUGAUUGACGUUAACAGCAAAGGGGGCCGAUAUAACGAGCACUGGCAGCAUUAUGACAACCUGUGCCAUCCGUGCAAGAUUAAGUACAAUUUUAUUGGACAUUAUGAGACCUUAGAAGAGGACGCUCGGUUUGUCUUACACCACACAGGUGUCGAUCGCUUCGUUUCUUUUCCUCCUGUUCGUUUUACUAGUACCAAAGACAAAUUGGCACAAUAUUAUAGCAAGCUGCCAAGAACAGAUUUAUUGCAGCUUCAAAGAAUUUAUCAACGUGACUUUGAAAUGUUUGGAUAUAAUAAAAUCUUCAUGGGUUCCCAAUGA